AUGAACAAUCACGAGAAACUGGAAGAAGGUUACUCUACGCAGCGUCCUCCUAUGUUCAAUGGGAAGUUCUACACCUAUUGGAAGAACAGGAUAGAAAUUUUUAUCAAAGCUGACAACUACCAAGUUUGGAGAGUUAUUGAAGUUGGUGAUUUCGAAAUCACCAAAACAGUUGGUGAAAAUGAGGUAGUACCUAAACCCAUGUCUGAGUUACAUAAGGAAGAUUUUGAAAAAAUGAAAAUUAAUGCACUUGCUGUUAAAUUAUUUCAUUGUGGUCUUGGUCCCCAUGAACACAAUCGUGUUAUGGGAUGUAAAAAUGCUAAAGAAAUUUGGGAUUUACUACAAGUAACACAUGAAGGAACUAAUGAAGUGAAAUGCUCUAAAAUUGAUAUGUUUAUGUCUAAAUAUGAACGUUUUGAAAUGCAAUCUAAAGAAACUAUCCAGGAAAUGUUAACAAGGUUCACUAACAUUAUUAAUGAGCUUGUUUCUCUUGGAAAUCAAAUACCUAUUGAUGAGCAGGUCAGGAAAGUUCUAAGGAGCCUCCCUCAAGAUCAAAGAUGGAGAGCCAAGGUGACUGCCCUACAAGAAACUAAGGACUUCACGAAAUUCAACAUUGAGAAACUUGUCGGUUCCCUCAUGACUCAUGAGUUUCACUUAGGAACAAGCAAUAGUGAAGGGAACAAAGGAAAAGGCUUAGCUCUCAAAGCUGGUGAUCAAGAAGAAUCUAAGGUAGAUGAAAAAGAAGCGGCUAUGUUGGUGAGAAGAUCCCUAGAUCACUUUAUUCGUGAAUGUCCCUUGUGGGAGACUGAGAAAGGUAAAGGGAAGGCCAAGGAACAGAACAAGAGCAACAAAACUCCUUACAACAAAACAGACAUUAGGAAGGCUAUGAUUGCUGCUUGGGGAGAUUUUGAGAGUGAUGAUGAGGAGGAACAACCUGAAGAAGAAACAACCAAUUUAUGUCUAAUGGCCAAACGUGAUGAAAAGGCCUACAAUGAUGAACUGGCUAAAGAGGUACGUGCUGAUCCUAAUUAUCUUAGAACACUUCCUAAAGAAGUACUUAUUGAUUACAUUUUAGAAAUGGAAGAUGAUUGGAUAAUAGAUAUUAAAAAUCUUAAUGAAUGUGAAAAAGCUCUUAAAGUCUGCAAGGAACACGCUACCUGGAUUGAGAACCAGCGUACUGAUGUUCAAGGCAGAUUCUUUGAUCUUUUUUAUAAGAAUCUUCUUCUAAAAGAAAUGAAUGAAAAACUCAAGUAUGAAAAUAUUAUGGUUAAUGUAGAACUGACUCAAUACAAGCUUGCCAGUACUGACUUCAAAUCGUCAAGUUCCUCUUCUAAAUCAUUGCCUAAGUUUAAUGAAGAUUUUGAAAAAUUAAAACACAAUCUUGAUGAGUUAAGAAUUGAAAAGGCUAAUUUAGAAAAGGAACUUGCAAUCAGAAAAGAAAGAAGCACUAGUCUGCUUGGUGUACCUAAAUGGAUUGAGAAUGCUCAAACCAAAAGAACUGAAGGACUAGGAUACAUUCGAUCUAAGCAUAAAGGUAAAAAGAAAUAUGUUGAUUUACCUAGCUAUAAAGUUUGUUCCUUUUGUGGGAAAACAGGUCACUUAGUGAAUACUUGUUAUAAGAAGGAACAAUCCGUCCUAGUGAGGGGGAACAACACUUGGUACCUCGACAGCGGUUGUUCAAAGCAUAUGACAGGAGACAAAUCAAAAUCCCUCUCACUUGAGACCUAUUCUGGAGGAACUGUGACCUUUGGAGACAACAAGAAAGGAGAAGUUAUUGGAAAAGGAAAAGUUGGAAGGUCAAGUUCCCAUUCAAUUGAAAAUGUACUUUUGGUCGAGGGUUUGAUGCACAAUUUGCUGAGCAUAUCACAAUUUUGUGACAAAGGAAACUCUGUAAGUUUUACUUCUAAUUCAUGCAACAUCAUUAAUGACAAAACAGGAAGGGUUGUUCUUGAAGGAACUAGGAAAGGGAACACUUAUAUUGUGCAUCUCAAUUCUGUCCCAAGGAACAACCUUACAUGCCUGAGUGCCAUUAAUGAUGAUCCUUUAUUAUGGCAUAAACGUUUUGGAUAUGCUAGUUUCUCACUCAUAGAUAAACUUAGAGCAAGGAACUUGGCCAUAGGGCUUCCUCAGUCAAGUUCCUCGUACAACAUAUCUGUGAUGCAUGAUGAAACCUUUGAUGAAUUUGUGUCAUUUGCCAAGAAAGUGCAGAAGACUAGUGGAAAUCAAAUUAUCCACAUUCGGUCAGAUCAUGGAACUGAAGAAAAUUCAAGAUCUGAUGAGUUCUGCAAAGAAAAUGGCAUGGAUCAUAACUUCUCAGCCCCAAGAACUCCUCAACAAAAUGGAGUUGUGGAAAGGAAGAACGGGACCCUAGAAGACAUGGCAAGAACAAUGCUCAUAGCUAUUGGACUUCCAAGGAACUUCUGGGCUGAAGCUAUCAACACUGCUUGCUAUAUUAUAAAUCGGGUUAUGAUGAGACCAAUCAUCAAUAAAACUCCAUAUGAACUGUUUAAGGGCAGAAAACCCAAUAUUUCUCACUUUAGAGCUUUUGUAUGCAGCAAGGCUUACAAAGUUUACAAUAAAAAUACUAUGUGUGUCGAAGAAAGCAUUCAUGUGAUAUUUGAUGAAUCUAAUAUGUUUAUGAAUGUGCAUGAACAAGACUCUAAUGAUUAUGAAAUUGGUAUGGUUAGAGACAGGGAGGAUGAUGAAGAGGAAACCAGUCAUCCCAAGGAAAAACAAGUUGAACCUGAACAAGGUCAUCAGGAAAAUGCUGAAGUUCCUCCACCUGAAGUUCAGGAGAAACAAGAUCAUGAAGAAACAUGCAACAUAGAGGAACCUGAGGAAGUAGAAGAAGAAGUGCCUCAAAUAGGAGUUCCUUCCAGAGAGUUUCAUCCAAAGCCCUUCAAAUAUCAAGGCUCUCAACCUAAUGACCUCAUCAUAAGUGACAUUGUCAGAGGAACUCCAACCAGAUCACAGAUGAGGAACUUAUGUGCCUUCCAAGCCUUUCUAUCCAUAAUUGAGCCAAGAAAUCAUGAAGAAGCUCUCAAAGAUGCUGACUGGAUAAUUGCCAUGCAAGAUGAACUCAAUGAAUUUGAAAGAAACAAGGUCUGA